CCAAAACGUAACACUAACACCACAAACAAACCCAAAUCAACCCUAGUCCCUACCCAAACCCUGAUUAUCAUUUUUAACAAUUAAGUUUAUAAUAUUGAACGUAAACAAGCUAAACUGGUUUGCGUUCUAUGUGAUAUUGAGACUCUUUGGCUAUUUAUGUUGGGGAUGGAGCCUCCAAAGAAGAAACAAAAACUAUCCUGGAAUAAAAUUAAAAAAGAAGGGCUGGAUUUGGAUUACAACCAAAGAUUCUUAACUAAACACGAAGCUGAUGACCUUCUGGAAUGGUUUGAAAAAAACGUUGAAUAUUUUUCUGGAGAUUUGGCUCAGGUCAAAGUUUUUGGCAAGUGGCACAAAAUCCCUCGCAAACAGGUUUCAUAUGGAGAAGCAGGUCUGUCUUAUAAAUUCUCCGGGAAUACCGUCCCAGCACUACCAUGGCCUGAUCAACUGGCCAGUCUCAGGGAUCGAUUGAAUGAAGCGACAUCAAACAAGUUCAACUUUGUUUUAGUGAAUCGUUACAAGGAUGGCAAUGAUCACAUGGGCUACCACAGGGAUGACGAAGCUGACUUGGACCAAACUGCUCCGAUAGCGUCCAUAUCACUUGGACAAACCAGAGAUUUUGUGUUUCAACAUGCUGAUGCUCGUCGUGUAGGAUCAGCCAAAAGAGACGUACCUACUGUCAAGAUCUCCUUGACUCACGGCAGCCUACUGAUGAUGAACCCUCCGACCAACACACACUGGUACCAUUCUCUUCCCAAGAGGAAGAACUGCCCCGGAGUCCGAAUAAAUCUCACGUUUCGCACCAUGAUCGUCAAGCCCAAGCGAUAGUAAUGCAGUGUUUAGAAAUGAACUUGUGAUAUUUUUAUACUUCUAUGUAAUGUGUGUAAUGUAAUGUAAUUAUGAUGUACAGUCAGAUCUGGAGAUUUAUAAACUAAACUGUUAGAUAUUUAAGUUGAAAUAAA